CAGCCGUCAGAGCAGACCAUCUUCCUCAGUCAGUCCUUCAGAUUAGGCCGUGGAACCAGACCACAACGGCAGGCCAUAAGAUCCGCCCCAGAUCAGACCGCCACCACAACAGACAAUCAGAUGAGUCUCAUAUCCGGCCACAGAUCAGACCAUGCACCAACUCCCACAUCAGACCAUCGUCAGAACAGACCUCCAGAUCAGAUCAGCCCACAGACUACCAUCCAUGACUGGUCCAGUUCAAAUCAGCACAGCACACCCAACCUCGUAAAUGGUACAGGUCAGGUGCAUUGUUUGUGGGUUGGGUCAAGGGGGGUAUAUAGAGUUCUGGAUGAACCUUGCAAAGCAUACUUUCCACACACGUUCGGCCUGAAGUUUUCGGACAUCUUUUUCGGCUUAACUUAACUGUAGUUAGAUCAGUUAGCGGGCUCCCUGGGCUGGUAAGGGCCUCCCCUUCCCUUUUUCAUAGGUUGGGUUCCUUUGCAGGUGUUCGGUCAGCGACAUAAGUUCGGCUUUUAGGAUUCGGCUUGGCUUCUAGGAAACGGUUGGACCACGUUCUUUCAUCUUUUUCGGAUGGACUCACAGCCUUUUUUCGUCGUCGUCGUCGUCACUGCAGUCUCCCGCUUAGUUGCGCCAAAUUCAAUUCAUUACACUUCACUUGAUAGUCAUUGCGCUGGGCAAGUGAAGAAUUCACUCGCAAGGUUCAACCAGACAGUUAUUAUUUUAAGACGAAACUUUAGUAAACUAGAGACAUAAGACCAUUCAGCUACUGCAGUGAGAGGACCUCAUUUGGCCUCCACUUACAGGCUCAAUGGUCUCUCUGGUUACAGGUAGAUAGUCAGGUUAGUCUCGCAAAUUCGAGUCUGCACCUACCUAUACCAAUUUGACUUUUCAUGUCAGGUUGCCAGGGCAACAUGGGACAAUCCACACACCACAGGCUAGAUCGUUUACAAAUCGUAAGCGUAGGAAGUCUUCGAGACCAAUCUACGACGCAGUUUCAUCGCUGGAGGAGCACGAACAAGCCGAUCAGCAUUUAGCAACGUUAUUAACCUGCGGAGUGAUUACGAGAAUGCCACUAGGCCGAAUAUUUCAGGGAAACACAUGUGAAGGCCCACCAUACCUUGAUAUGCGUGUCCCUGAAUGGCAUUCAGGUGAAAACUUCGCAGGUUAUAGAUAGUUUUUCAGAGGCCACAGGAAUAGCAGGAGAGGAUACUCUGGCGUGGCAUCGUUAACAUUAAGACCAUUUAGUUUUUCUUCUUGUUAAUUUUGCCUUGCUGGAGAGUUUUCUUCUUAGGAAGUCCUGCAUUGCACUACGCAGGCACAGAUCGUCUACAAAUGGUAGGCGUACGUAGUCUUCAAGUCGACCGUUCGUGGGUUUUGGUUUCUUAGUCUUCAUCCGAGAGUGGGCUGCAGUGUUCCCGAUCUACCCCAGACAACUCUUGAAGUACUUCAUGACUGGGAGUGAAUCCUAAAGCAGUACGCUGUCUAUUUACUUUUUUCCCUGAAUAUUGUAACAAGAAAUAGUUGCUUUUGCAAAUAUAAAUAAAAUGCUUGUGAUCGUAUGCUUGAUCGUAUUGUGUGUGAUUAUAUUGUGGGUCCAUUGCUGCAUUAAGGGAAGAGGCCGGCCGAAGAAAGAAGAACAAAGAACCUCCAGAUGUACAGAAAGAUAGUCCAGUUUAUUAAGUAGGCGAGGUAGCUGCCUUUGCGGCGAUGAAUUUAGAAGAAACGCAUAGGACCAAACCAGACAAUGAUGAUGAUGAUGGCGAUGACGAUGACGACGGUUAUGAUGAUGAUGAUCGUUUGAGCUAAGACGUCAUUCUGCUUCUACUAAAAGUUAUUUUAUUUGCCGUUGCUUUAGGGCCAUAAUUGAACUGAAGAAAAUCACGUUAAAAUGUAAAUUGGCUAUUUUGCAAACAGAAGCCGAUGACAUCAUAGUGAAAACGACUUCAUCAUUAGGAAGGCAAGGUAAAGACAGAGGAGACAGCAUAUAGCAAUAACUUAAAUAAGCUGUCUUAACUAACGUUGAUAUCUGUAAUAAAUGUCCCAUAUCCACUCCCCCAACCCUUUUCAAUUUUUCAUAAAAAAAUUCUUAGUCACCGUAAUUCUGAAAUUAGCUGAAUUUCGUCAUGUCUGAUACCUUGUUGCGCGGUUGUUAAACUCGCAUAGUCCAAUGUUAGUUAAGACAGCCACCAAUAUUUUAUAAUUAAAAUCUAAUUGGCCGGCCGAACUUCACCUUUGGGCAACUUCACCUCAUCAUGGGCCUCUACGACUUGUUCUUUUUUUCCCCAAUGGCCUACGCCUUUUUUUGGAAUGUGGAUCUCAGUCUCCUUGGUCUUUUGGUGGAGGAACAUGACAGUUUACAGCAGCCCAUAUAAGGUAGGGCUGAUUUAUGCUGGUACAAAUUUUACGCAAAGCUGACUCGCUCGGUCUUAAAUAGGAAAAUCGGCCGCUCAUUGAACUUCCUCGUAACGCUUUGUUUGAAACAAGCUAAGGUUCGUAGCUUAUGUAAACUUUGCACCUCAUCAAUCAGUCCAAGUAAUAAUCCAAUGUGGCACAAGGUAUGUGGAUUUUUUUUGUAUUUUAGGCCAUUAGAUUUUCGGUUCGGUCCGUUCGUCUUUUUUCGGUUUUCGAUUCGACUUUUGAUCUGAUUCCGGAUUCGGCUCCAAAAACUGUGAAGGCUUGGUAUAGACAAAGUUUCCAUAGCAAGCCGCCAAAUAUCCCUGCGUACCGUCCGGGGGACCCUGGUGUGUUUCAUUCGAGGUGUCAAGGUUUUAUGGACGCAUGUCACACUCCUCGGUCUUGCUCAGACGUGAAAUUCUUAGAAGCGCACCCCAUCUAUAUAGACUACUUCAUUUCUGUAAACAGCCAACUCAAUGUAAUAAAAACACUUCAUCUAAUGUGUUGUCUUCGUGGUUUUUUCUUUUACUUUAAAGCUAAAUCUUUAGGUAAUUAAUUAUAAGUACUAAUGAUGAUUAAAUUUGCAGGGAUAUUACAUAACACUUGAUGUAAUGACGGCAAAAAAAAUAAAACAGAAAUAAAACACUGAGUAGUGAGUGUGAUGUCUUUUAACUAACCUCACUGAGUGACACCGAGUGUCGCAUCAGUAAGUUCGUUAUUAAAACACAAAUAACUAGCACCCCAUCUAUAUAGACUACUUCAUUUCUGUAAACAGCCAACUCAAUUUAAUAAAAACACUUCAUCUAAUGUGUUGUCUUCGUGUUUUUUUCUUUUACUUUACAGCUAAAUCUUUAGGUAAUUAAUUAUAAAUACUAAUGAUGAUUUAAUUUGCAGGGAUAUUACAUAACACUUGAUGUAAUAACGGCAAAGAAAAAAUAAAACAAAAAUAAAACACUGAGUUGUGAAUGUGAUGUCUUUUAACUAACCUCAUUGAGUGACACUGAGUGUCCCAUCAGUCUGCUCGUUAUUAAAACACAAAUAACUAACUCAUUUAAUUUCAGGUGCGUCGAAAAUCAAUAAGUUUAUCGUUUUUGGACUCCUCCGCCACUUUUUGCGAGGUUGAAUGGACGCAAAUUUUUUGGGCGCGCCCUCUCAAGAUGACUUUUUUCCGACCAUUGUACUGCGUUUUUGAUGCGUUCUUGAAGAAACGCAUGGCACUACCUAUUUUGAAGUCGUACGUGAGGUGCUGAAGGAAGGGCAGAAACAUUAAUAUUAAGGUUAAUGUAAUUGAAUUGUACGUAAUUAAAAGUUGAUGAAAAAUAAAGUUUAACAAACGAAAGGUAUAUAAUCAGCUUGUUUGUUUAUUUGGGUUUUUUUAGUUAAUUAAACCAGCACUAACAAAUUUAGAUAAGGUACUGAUUAUGUUGUAACGGAGUUGCUUCUCAGAAAAAAUAAUAAAGUGUGACCAAGACAUUGCCGUUUCAUCAUUGUAUUUAUUCUUUAAACCGAUAAUAAAUAGUUAAAAAGUUUCAUUUCAGGAACAUCGUAUGUCGCUUUUAAAACUUUUUUUUGCUCGAACAUCGCCGCCUCAAAGACGUCUUUUUGGGCGCGCCCUCUGAAGACCGACUACAGCAAACAGAAUGCAUGUAACGUAUACUCUCUAGAAGCUCAUUUGGAAGUUCUUUCUGGCUGCGUUCCUGAAGAAACGCAUGUCGAUGCUGAUUAAGACUGGAAAACAAGUCAAAGUUUUAAAGGUAAGACAGAUCUGUGUAUGCUCUAACUGUUAGAUUAUAUCUUUGGGUUUCAGAUUUAGUGCGUUCGACAGUAGCGUCUAAGAUGCAAGGAAGAAUGACAGAAAAGGAAAGUGAGUAUAGUGCUGAUACAUGCACUUAUCCUCGGAUGAUACUAAACUGAAUUUAUUCGUCCACACUGUAGUAGGAUUCCAACCUACGACAUUUCUUUAUUUACUGGUGCUCCUAGUGUACCAAAGAAAGCAAUUUUCAAGACUUGGAAUUCCAAAUGAUAUUCGGCUGAAUUCGAAUCUGUUUGAUAAUAGCUGACAGUAGCAAAUGGAGUCUGCGAUUGGUUUCCAAGUGUGCAACAAAGCCAGUGUUUUGAUGUUAUUUAUUGAUUCUGUUUUUAAGAAAUAUUUCAUUUAGGUCGGAGACGUCCAGCAGUGAUAUGGCCCAUCAGCAGUGACGUGCGACCAGUAAGUAGAAGAAUAUAGGAAUCCCUUGUCUUUAAGAGGUUAAACAUACCCACAAAAAGACAGGGUCUUUUAAAAAAAGAGUUUUGUAAGCAAUUGUGCUCCUACUGCAGCAAAAGUCGUAACUUUGAAGGGAAAUACUAUUUCCCAGUCAGGGAUUCCAACCCAUAAACAUUGCUUCAUCAGUAAGCAAAUCGUUACGAAGCGUUAAUAAGACUCAAUCGCUAGGGUGUUUGAGAGACCGAAGUUGUAUACUUUCAACUGCCAUGUUAAAACUGUUGCUUUGAUAAUCCCUUUUUAAGAAGGUUUUUGUUCAGGUCUGUGCAAUUCCAGAAGUUGUUUCCAACCCGCUGUCGUAGCCCGCCCAUUGACAUUGGGACAGGUGACCCCAGCUACCAGAUCCGAGGUAAGUAGUGGAAAGGUAAUGCACUUAUCCUCGGAUGAUUUUACCCAAGCAUUCUGAAAGGAAAUGAAGCCUUUGAUUACCAUUUCAAGCCAUGAAUUUGACUCUAAUAUUUAUCGUAUUCGAACCUCUAUCAAGAUAAUUAAUAAAUGUCACGUUUAAAUGGAAUGCAAAUCCAUGCCAAGAGGUUACCCGAAACAGGGUUUGGAUACCACUUAGGUAGACCAAAAGGCAAAGGAGCAACAACCAAGGAUUAAAAUGAAUUAGUGACAGAAUUAUUCUUUAAAAACAAUGGCAAACGUUUGCUUGCAUUCUUAAUCCAUGUUUUUGAGAAACUUUAUCUUUAGGUCGGAAAAUUGUUGAUAGAAGUCAUCUAG